AUGGCGGCGUUGGCGGUGGCUGAGCGGCUCCUGGCGGAGGGGGAAGGAGGCCCCAUGGACCCGGCGCGCCUGUCGCCCCCGCCGCCCCGAGGGGAAGCGCAGCCCCUGGAGCAGCUCCCGCAGAGCAACAGCCUGGUGGGGCUGCCCAUCGUGGCCAUCGAGGGCAUCCUCGGCUUCCUGUCCUACGACGAGACCAGCCAGCUCCGCCUGGUAUGUAAGCGAAUGGACUUAGUCUGCCAGAGAAUGCUGAAUCAGGGAUUUCUGAAAGUGGAAAGAUACCACAACUUGUGUCAGAAACAAGUUAAAGCACAGCUUCCAAGACGAGAAUCAGAAAGGAGAAAUCACUCACUAGCUCGCCAUGCAGAUAUUCUUGCUGCUGUAGAAACAAGGCUGUCGUUGCUGAAUAUGACAUUCAUGAAGUAUGUGGAUUCUAACCUCUGCUGCUUUAUACCUGGAAAGGUAAUUGAUGAAAUUUAUCGGGUAUUAAGGUAUGUAAACUCUACCAAAGCUCCUCAGAGAGCCCAUGAAGUCCUUCAGGAGUUAAGGGACAUUUCAUCUAUGGCAAUGGAAUAUUUUGAUGAGAAGAUUGUUCCAAUUCUAAAAAGAAAGUUACCAGGAUCAGAUGUAUCAGGACGUCUUAUAGCAGCAGCACCAGUUCCAGGUCCUUCUGCAGCCUUAACAACAAUGCAGCUCUUCUCCAAACAGAACCCAUCAAGGCAGGAGGUCACCAAACUCCAGCAGCAAGUUAAAACAAAUGGUGCAGGUGUGACUGUGCUGAGGCGUGAAAUUUCGGAGCUCCGCACCAAAGUGCAAGAGCAGCAAAAGCAGCUCCAAGACCAAGACCAGAAACUGCUUGAGCAAACCCAGAUCAUAGGUGAGCAGAACGCCCGACUGGCUGAGCUCGAACGCAAACUGCGAGAGGUUAUGGAAAGUGCAGUAGGAAGUUCCUCAGGGUCUACGCCAAGUGAGGAAACUCCUAGGAAGCGGAAGAAAGCUGUUGAAUCAAUAGGUUCACUUAGGAAGUCGAAACGCCUUCGGAAUAACAAAUAACUGUGGAAUAAAUGAUACCUCCCAGGAGAACGCACUGCUUUAGUAGCCCAAGCAGGUUGUCUGGUCUGGAUACCGAAAUUCACAGCAUGGUCUCUUUUAGCCUGCUGGUUCUUCAGAACACCAUAGACUUAAGCAACAAUUUUCUCUUAUUGCUAAGACAUUUCUUCCCCCCGCCCC